ACAGAGGUCCCGUAUGACGAUCGGUGUUCCACUGUGUCCGGAGGACACAGCGGGCACCGGAUCGCGGUGCUGCACGCUCCCAGGGAGCGCGCACAAGCGGUGGCAGUGCAGGGUCGGACACAGUGGAACACUGAUCGUCGUACCGAUCGUCGUACGGGACCUCUAUGUGAGGUCCCGAUCAUGUGAUCACUGUUUGGCCAAUCAGUGAUCACAUGUAGAGUAGUAAGCAAGAUGUCACUUCUGACAACAUUGCUUACUACGUGUGAAAUAUGUGAAUGGUCACAGAGAUCACAUGGUACAGGGCCAUUCACAACAGCCUUGUACCAUGUGACAAGCUGUGACCAAUCACAGCUCUCACAGUA